GGGCGCGGGGAGCGGCCACAAACCGGGUCCCCCACCGUGGGGAUCCCCCGCUGUGGGCCAUGGCGGCGGCGGCGGCGGCGGGUUCCAACUGGGGCUUGAUCAUGAACGUGGUGAACAGCAUCGUGGGGGUGAGCGUGCUCACCGUGCCCUUCUGCUUCCGACAGUGUGGGAUCGUCCUGGGAGCUGUGCUGCUCAUCUUCUGCUCGUGGAUGACUCACCAGUCCUGCAUGUUCCUGGUGAAGUCGGCCAACCUCAGCAARCGCAGGACCUACCCCGGCCUCGCGUUUCAUGCCUAUGGAAAAGCAGGAAAAAUGUUGGUGGAAACAAGCAUGAUUGGGCUGAUGUUGGGCACUUGCAUCGCUUUCUAYGUCGUCAUCGGCGAUUUGGGCUCCAACUUCUUUGCCCGGCUGCUGGGAUUCCAGGUGUCGGGCAGUUUCAGGAUUGUCCUGCUCUUUGCUGUCUCCCUGUGCAUUGUCCUUCCCCUGAGCCUCCAGAGGAACAUGAUGGCCUCCAUCCAAUCCUUCAGUGCCAUGGCUCUCAUCUUCUACACCGUGUUCAUGUUCGUGGUUGUGCUGUCCUCCUUCAAGCACGGGCUGUUCAGCGGGCAGUGGCUGCAGCGAGUGAGUUACACACGCUGGGAGGGCAUUUUCCGCUGCAUCCCCAUCUUUGGAAUGUCUUUUGCCUGUCAAUCUCAGGUCUUGCCUACUUACGACAGCUUGGAUGAGCCGUCUGUCAAAAUUAUGAGCUCCAUAUUUGCUUCUUCCCUAAACGUGGUCACCACCUUUUACAUCACGGUGGGCUUCUUUGGCUACGUGAGUUACACCGAAGCCAUUGCUGGGAAUGUCCUGAUGAACUUCCCUUCCAACCUGGUGACGGAGAUGAUCCGAGUGGGAUUCAUGAUGUCGGUGGCAGUGGGGUUCCCRAUGAUGAUCCUGCCGUGCAGACAGGCACUCAACACCCUGCUCUUUGAGCAGCAGAAGGACGGCACCUUCGCUGCCGGGGGCUACAUGCCCCCGCUCCGCUUCAAAGCCCUGACRUUGGCUGUUGUGUUUGGAACCAUGGUCGGAGGCAUCAUGAUCCCAAAUGUGGAAACAGUCCUGGGCCUGACAGGUGCGACCAUGGGAAGCCUCAUUUGUUUCAUCUGCCCAGCUCUUAUUUACAAGAAGAUCCACAAGAAUGCGCUUUGUUCACAGAUUAUCCUGUGGAUUGGGCUGGGAAUGCUGGUGAUCAGCACCUACACCACCCUGUCUGCCACCGAGGACACCCCUGUGAAGACAGAAGCAGUGGGCUUGGAGCACCUGGACAGAGAGGAGAACAGAAUUGACCAGGAUUUGGUUAAACUUCCAGAGCAGAACCCAGUGGUGGAGGAGCCCGAGGAUGAYCGUGAUAAACCCAAAGUGCCAGAGGAGAAGGAGGAGAUGGAGCAGCCACAGAUCAAGGUGCCCAUGCAGGUGCCCAAGAGGGAGGAGGAGAGAGGAAAGGURGAGGAGAAAGUGCAGCUGGACCGUCCUGAUCAAGGGAUUGCCCUGCCUGUGGGGGAAGCUCAUCGCCACGAGCCCCCAGUCCCACACGACGAGGUGGUGGUGGACAUGGGGCGGGAGCGGGAGGAAUCCAGCGAGAACAAAGCAGCUCCUGGAGGAGCCAGCGACCGACUGCUGGAGGAGCCGGCUGGGCUGAAGCCACAGAAGGAGGCACUGGGCCCAAAACAAGGGAAGGAAGUGGCUGCUGAGGACCAGCAGCAGGGAGGGACUGCUGGCCCUGUCCCGAAUGUGGAGAAGGCCCCGGAGGCAGCGGUGCAGCGGGAUGGAAGGCCGCCCUACAAGGAGCUGGAGCCAGGAAAAGCCAAGCUGGAAUCCAAGGCACAGGCGGCCGUGCUGGAUGGUGACACUGCCGAGGCUUCUGACCGGGACAAAUCACAGCUCCAGCUCCCCAGGAAAGCAGAGGAGGCUGGAAAGYCCAUGGAGAAGGAUGCAGAGCCUGGUGAAAAGCAGGAGCUGCCCCUCCCGGAGAGAGCGGAACUGCUGGAGAACCAGAAAACCGAGGAGAAACAGGAGAAGGCAGCGACCAAGCUGGGGGAAGCAGGGCCAGCAAAACUGCUGGACCACAAUGUGCUGCUGCAGGUGAUCAAGGAGCAGCAGGUGCAGCACAAGCAGCUGCUGGAUCAGCAGGCAAAGCUGCUGGCGGUGAUCGAGGAGCAGCACAAGGAGAUCCACCAGCAGCGACAGGAGGAGGGGGCAGAGGAGAAGCCAAAGCCAGCAGAAGCACAGCCGGAGCCUGYGGUGCCCCUGUCCAGGAGCAGGGAGGACGAGAUCCCCAGAGCCAAGGCAGACACGGCUGGGAGGGCACARAGCAAGGAGCAGCCGGAGCAGCACCUGGGCCAGCAGCUCCCUGACUCCACCAAACAGCACCGGGACGUUGUGGGGAAGCUGGARGAGCCUGGGCACAAGCGGGACAUUCCUGUGGCUCCUCCCAAAGAGUGGAAGGUGCCGCUGCAGGAGAAUGACAGAGCUGUUAAGGAUCCUGCGGAGAACCGGGAUCCCCUCCGCGGGGAUGCCCAGCACGUUCCAGCAGGCAGAAACCACCUGGAGAAAAAGCCCUUGGCRGAGGAUUUGGGAGGAGAACGUGAAGCCAAAGCUGGAAGAGAAGUCCACGAGAAGAAGAAUUUCCUGAAAGCCGUGGAAGCAGCUACAGCUCCCAUCCAAAGAGAACAGCCGGGGGCUGCCAAAGUUCAGGGAGCAGGAAAGGGUUUGGAAAGAGACUCAGGAACAGACCUUAAAGCCAAAGCUCUGAGUCAGGUGGAGCCCAAGGACCUGGCAGUGGCGCCGGACUCUUCCAGUAACAGGAAUGUGGCAGUGAGGGAGCAGCACCCGCGGGAGCGGGAGGCGCGGAGAGGGGCGGAGGCCGAGGGAGGGGGCGGGCAGCAGCGGGACCCGCCUGGCCACGGGCACAGGAAGGAGGAGGAUGGCCGGGAAGAGCCGCGGGGCCGGCAGGGCCGCGGGGAUGGGGGUCCCUCCAACGGCGCCGACAGGAAACCCGGCCCUGAGGAUGCUCCAGCACCGAAAUCCGAGAAUGGAGCGGCCGCCCCCGGGGAUCCGCAGCAGCCGGAGCACGACGUGAAACCCAACCGGGACCUGAAGCUGCAGGGGGGCCUGGACCUGCGCCGCAGGAGACGGGACCUGCUGCCUCCCGACCACGAGGAGGAGGAGGAGGAUGGGGAGGAGGAGGAGGUGGCUGCACGGGGGGCCGGGGGCAUCCUGAUCGGCCUGAACCCCCUUCCCGACGUGAAGGUGAACGACCUGCGGAGCGCGCUGGAGACGCGGCUGAGCCAGGUGGCCGAGGGCGCGCAGCACUUGGUGCGCAGCCGCCACAUCCAGCAGGUGGCACAGGACAGGAGCCCGUGACAGCUCCUCAGGGAGGCUGGGGCUCGCCGGUGGGUUUUGGGUCGUUCUCAGGCACGGGGAGGUCUAAACCAGCAGUGCUUUGCUGAACGCAGCGCUCAGAUCCACGGGAUCUCCUUGGAUCCGUGAGCACCAUCCUGGGGGCUUCCCCAGCAGCACCCCCAGCGUGUGCCUGCAAGAGGCCGAGGAGGUGGCGACGCUGGAGGUGACAUUCCUGCUGUCCCCUGCGUUCCAGAGUUGCCAUCCACCUCGGCUCCYUGCCAGGCUGCUCCAAGGACCUUUUCCAGCAUCUCAUUCAUAUCAAAUUGCCUUCUCCAACCAUCYCCCAGCUCCUCACAGAACCGGGAAGGGGCUCCAUUGCCCCAGCUGUGCCGAGGGGACCCGRGAUCCACACCUCGGGAAGGGUUCACAGAGGAGCUGUGAGCUGAGGACCAGCAGAGCCAAUGCUCCAGAGUUGGACUGGGAGCAGAGCCUCGUGUGUUUGGGACACAGUGGUGRUUCAGGAACCUCAUUUAGUAGAAAYGCUGCCUUAACAGGGCACAACUCCUGCUGUUGUGCUGCCUCUCUCCCAGGGAUGGGGUUCCUCAGCCACACUGGAAUCACACAGAKYUC